UGUACCAUCACUUUUUCAUUUUCACAAAACUUUUCUUCUCUCUCAAACACCAUGACUGGCCGAGAAAUUCUUCAAAAGAUCAAGGUUAAGGCUUUUGGUUCGUCUGCAGCUGAUACAGGGAAAGGGAAGAGUAAAGUUUUAAAGCAUAUCACGCAUGGCUUUCACUUAAUGAAGGGAAAAUCAAACCAUGCCAUGGAGGAUUACCUAGUUUCAGAAUUCAAGCAAGUACAUGAUACUGAGUUGGGCUUAUUUGCUAUAUUUGAUGGCCAUUUGGGCCACGAUGUAGCAAAUUAUUUGCAAACUCAUCUGUUUAAUAAUAUUUUGAAAGAGCACGACUUUUGGACUGAAACAGAAAAUGCAAUAAGGAAAGCUUAUCGUACAACAGAUGCUGAAAUAUUGGAGAAAGCGUUUGUCCUGGGAAAAGGAGGGUCAACUGCAGUAACAGCAAUUCUAAUUAAUGGUCAAAAACUGGUAGUUGCAAAUGUGGGAGAUUCUCGGGCUGUUAUAUGUAAGAAUGGGGUGGCCAAACAACUAUCGGUUGACCAUGAACCAAGCAAGGAAAAGAAGAAAAUUGAGAGUCGUGGUGGUUUUGUAUCAAACAUUCCAGGGGAUGUUCCUCGUGUUGAUGGGCAACUGGCUGUGGCAAGGGCAUUUGGUGACAAGAGCUUGAAAAUACACCUUAGCUCAGACCCAGAUAUAAACGUGGAGAUGAUUGGUGAUGAUACACAGUUCAUCAUUCUGGCAAGUGAUGGAAUAUGGAAGGUAAUGUCAAACCAAGAAGCUGUGGACUCAAUCAAAAACAUAAAAGAUGCUCAAUCAGCAGCAAAGCACUUGAUAGACGAGGCUGUUUCUAGAAAAAGUAAGGAUGACAUAUCCUGCAUAGUUGUAAAAUUGCAUUAAAUAUUUUCUUCGUAUGGGUCAAUUUCUUUUUGCCUCUGUUCAAUGUAAGGAAAUUUAUUAAUUGAUUCGCUGUAUUACCAUAUGUAAACUUGUUUUGUAGCAACUGUGAAGAUUUGUGGAACUGGUUUCAAAACUCUUGCGUGUACAAAUAGAGCAUUAUAAAAAAUUGAUUGCUUCAACU